AUGGAAUACUGCUCUCUCGGUCGUUCUGGGCUCAAAGUCUCCCGCAUCAUCCUCGGCUGUAUGACUUUUGGCUCUCCGCAUUGGCAACCUUGGAUCCUGAACGCAGAGGCUGCUCUUCCAUUGUUGAAGCAUGCUUUCGACAUCGGCAUUAACACAUGGGACACCGCCGACGUAUACAGUCAUGGCGAAUCAGAAAGGAUCAUUGGAGAGGCGAUCAAGCAGUUCAAGCUACCCCGACACAAGCUGGUCAUCAUGACAAAAUGCUACUUUCCAGUCUCUGAAGAUGGUACACAGCCUCCAUUCAACAUGUUUGUGAGGAAUGAUGGAAAAGAUGUGAACGGCAUGGGAUUGUCCAGGAAACAUAUUUUCGAUGCCGUGGAUAGCAGUACAAGCCGCCUGAAGACGUAUAUCGAUGUGCUUCAGAUACAUCGUUUGGACCGGGAGACAGACAAGACCGAAAUCAUGAGAGCGUUGAAUGACGUCGUGAACUCUGGUAAAGUCCGGUAUAUUGGAGCUUCGUCGAUGGCAGUGUGGGAAUUUCAGAUGUUGCAGAAUAUCGCAGAGAAGCAUGGAUGGCACAAGUUCAUUUCUAUGCAAAAUUAUCACAAUCUGAUCUUUCGCGAAGAAGAACGCGAAAUGAUUCCGUACUGUAAGGCGACUAGUGUUGGAUUGAUGCCAUGGUCGCCAAUCGCUCGUGGCGCACUGGCACGGCCAUUUUCUGAUCGAGGCGGUUCUCGGCGAGAGCGGACGGAUCCUCUAGUAGAUCAGAGAGCUCGCUCUUCAAACGCUGAUGAACAAAUCAUCAAUCGUGUGGAGCAGCUCGCGAAAAAGUACCAUGUGACCAUGGCCUGCAUUGCUACAUCCUGGUGCAUAUACCACGGGGAGUGCCCGAUCGUAGGCCUCAACAGCGCAGCUCGAAUGGAUGAAAUGGUCAAAGGUCUUGCUUUCAAAUUGUCUGCAGAAGACGUAGCGUACUUAGAGGAGCCAUACCUACCCAAGGAGAUCACUGGAUACUGA